GAGAUUUGCAGAAGCCACGUCAUCUCCACGUCCCGGUGAUCUCGUACAGAUCCGGGGCAGACAGGGAAGAGCACAUGGAGUUGUACUCUUUCUGCAAGAUGAGCUGACCGCUGGCGGUCGGCUUCCUCCUGCCGGAAAAGCCAUUAGAGGCCCACAAUCAGAUGAACUCCGUCAACUGGCAGACGAGGCUAAAGUAUGGGGCGAGACAGAAUCUCCUAUGCAAACCUGUGACGCAGCAUCUGCAGGAGGAGUUGAAGAAAGUACAACGAUUGGAGGUACAGGGAGAACUAGGAGUUGUUCUAAUGCAGCAGCAGUUGGGACCAUUAGUAGAAGUGGUAGUGGUCGCCAAGGUCAACUAGGAGGUGGGAGGGGGAGUGAAGAAAGAACUGACUACAGAAGUCGGGAAUACAUGAACCCAGGAGCAGCUGUCC